UUCCUGGGUGCGCUGCCCCCUGAGAUCCAGGCCUGGGUGGGUGCUCAGUGCCCAAAGAGUGGAAAGGAGGCUGCCGUUCUGGUGGAGGAUAUGACUCAACUGCUGGACAGGAGAGGAUUCAUCUGUAAAUGUUGCCAGAUGUAGUAUGGUCAGAUACCCUUUGUACCUAUGAAGAACUGGUCAGUGCAGGUGUGCCUCUCCCUCCUGUGACUUGGAGCUUCAGAAGCAGAUCACCCACUCUCCACAAUGUCUAAAUUCUGCUGUGAGAAAUGACAGUCACAAGCAUCUCGACUGAUCUCAUUUGGCCACUAUUCCCAAAGACAGCUGCAGCGUUUAAGGGACAGAGCCUAGACUCCCAGUGGUCUACCCGCGACUGCAGGGAGGAGAUGCACAGGUGCCUGACAAGGACCGGCUCCCUUCACUCUUGUUUCAUUCUGAUCUUGUCCACAUGAAAGCUUUUCCUUUUGGCGUUUUAGCCAGAUCAGGAGCCUUGGCAAAAUGGAUGGUUUGGUUGAGGGUGGAAAAAAUCAGAAUCACGAGGCAGUUUAAGGUCAUAUAAGAGGACAAGCCUGAAUUCUUUUUCUUACCCAAGACCCCAAAGGGGAAACUUCCUUUUGGAAAUGAGGCCAUGAGAGAAGAGUGAUCCACAUCUUCCCUUUCAGAGUAAAUGAGCUGGGCCUGAAGCAGAUGAAGAGGCUUAUGUGGUGAUCCAUGGUGAAAAAAAUAACAGAGUGCUUUUUGAUUUAAUUCCAGGAUGGGAGCCAGGAGUGGAACGUGAAGAGGCAAGUUGCAAACAGAGCAAUACAGAUGAAUUGGAGCCACCAAAAAUGGCGACUGAAACUGUCAUGGGAAGCGUUUUGCCAAAAUCUACCCUUGCCCACACUUGUAAACCUGAGAGCCACUCAGAGAGCCAGCCAGAAUUCCUAGGAGCACUCUGGAUGAAGUCUACUGCCCAAGAGAUGGAUUUCAGAAAAGCUCUGGGGCCUCACAUGGAUGCCCCCAAAGACCAGCCUGGCCAUGAGUCUAACACCUCAGGAAACGGUUCCAACAUGUGGCCCAACUUCCCUUCCCAAGACAAGGCUUCUUCAGAGGAGAAAUUUGGCCCAUUACUUGAUAAUGAGACAGUGCCUCCAGAUACUUGCUCAGAGAAGAAAUCCUCCAAGGAUAGUGAAUGUUUGAAAACAUUCCAGAACACUUCAGCUCUGGAGGCCCACCAGAAGAGCCACUCUCAGAAGACGCCCUAUGCCUGUACUGAGUGUGGGAAGGUAUUCAGUCGGAGCACCCACCUUGUCCAACACCAGGUUGUUCACACAGGAGCAAAGCCCCAUGCGUGUAAAGAGUGUGGUAAAGCCUUCAGUCGCGUUGCCCACCUGACACAGCACCUGAGGAUUCAUACUGGGGAGAAGCCUUAUAAAUGUGAGGAAUGUGGUAAAACCUUCAGCCGCAGCACCCACCUCACGCAGCACCAGCGAGUACACACAGGCGAGCGGCCCUACGAGUGUGAUACUUGCGGCAAAGCCUUCAGCCAGAGCACCCACCUGACACAGCACCAGCGCAUCCACACCGGGGAGAAGCCCUACAGGUGUGAUGUGUGUGGGAAAGCCUUCAGUGACUGUUCAGCUCUGGUCCGGCACCUGAGAGUCCACUCUGGAGAGAAGCCUUAUCAAUGUAAGGACUGCCCGAAGGCCUUCGCACAAAGCUCCUCCCUCAUUGAGCACCAGCGCACUCACACAGGUGAAAAGCCUUAUAAAUGCAGUGACUGUGGGAAAGCUUUUAGCCGCAGCUCAGCUCUCAUGGUGCACCUAAAGAUCCAUAUCACCGUGACUCGAAGCACCCCUUAGAGUACAGCACAGCCUCCCUGAGAGGAUUGACAUCUAAGAAAUCUGAUAAUUGUGCUACCCAGUGUCUAAGGGGUUAUCUGGGAACACCUCUACAUUUGAGGUCCCAGAGGAAAUCCCCUAAUGAACACGGAUUCAGACCAAUUGGUGAAGCUUCUAGAAGCUUCCUACUGCCCUCUGUAUCCCACUCAGGCUGGUCCCAGAGAGAAGAUACUAAACUGAUGAUCUGCAUUAUUUCUUGGAACCAGAGCAAGUAAAGCCAGGUGUCUUUCCAGGCUCAGAUGCCCCAAGAUCCUCGAGGCAGGAAGACCCCAAGCUUCAGGUUCUCACAUAGUUACUGUUCUUGCCGGUUCCUUGCUGGUCAGCCUAGAAUGGCCCACUCUGUGCCUUCGUACCUGCUUCCCCACAAUAUUACUUUAUGCCUAACUCCAAGACAGACUUGGGAGGCUGCCUCUCCAUGCUAUCCCUCUCAUGUUCUCCCUGCUUUAAUCCACAGUGUCUGUCUUCUCCUCCCACGUCUUCCUUCCACAUCUCAGGCUCCAGCCCUGUGGAUUCACCGCAGGCUCAUCUCUAAUCUAGCCCCUCCUGCAGUAUCACCUCCUGUGAGCUCACCUUGGGCCUCCCACUGGAUUUUUAUCAGGGCUCUCCUUUCUCACCUCUUCCUGCCUUCAUUCCAUCCCCACCCACUUUCUUCCUGGCGCAUCUCUUUCUGCUACCCAGAUCACAGUGAAUCAUUCCAUGACACAAUAUGUUGUCAGUGAGUCACCUCUUCAACAAACAAGCAUGUCAGGAUAUAUGUCAUUUUGGUCCAAGCAAUUACUCUAGGUAUCCUGAAAUGUUGUCAAAGGAAUGUUGUCAUCUGUCUUUGAGCACAGUGUGUGAAAGUGAUUUCAAAGUACUGGUCUGCCUGUUGGGCAAACUACACUCCUUGUCUGUUGUCUUAUGUUUGCUCCAGACCUGGCUUCCUCUUGCCUCUUCCACUCCUUGUAGCCUUCACCUUCCACAUGUCAGCCAUACAUCCCCCACCUGUGUGCCUUCUUUCCUCUAUGAUGUCUCAGAUGUCCUUGAAAAGCUUCCCUAAACACUUUGACCUGGCCUUAUUUUGCCUGACACACUCUUGCUUCUGGGGUACCCCAUUAUUAACUAUCUUAAACCUCUUUACCAUGUCAUUGUGCUUACACUUCUUAAACAAUGCAUAGGCCAAUGCUCCCAAAGUAUCUUAUGCUGUGGACACAGUGCACAGCUAACCCUUCCCAAUAUCUCUAGGGUGAGUGUGACCAAUACCUCCCUUAGGUAGUCACUGUCCUCCACCCCACGUUUCCUUCAUAGAGACAUUUAUGGAAGAGCCCCUGUGCCCAUGUAAGUCCAGCUUCAGUGGUCAAAACAAAACAUUGCUAUACUGAGCCUUCCUUGCCUCAGGGCCUGUAGCCCUGGGUACCACGGAUUUAGAGGAUGCCAGCACUCUGCCAGUCCUAAACUCAACCUGUUAACUUUGCUUUCCUUUCCCUCAGAAAGACAAUCCCCUGGCUCCUGGGCCUCCUGACUUCACAAGGUUUUCUUUUCAGUCAUGAAUAUACGUGAGCUACUAUAUUUACAUCCAUUAGCUUAAUACAUUUUGUUUUCCUGAGCCUUCCAUGUCUCCUCUUGUGGCUUCACCUCAUUGACUACACAAACAGACCCCACUCCCACCCCCAGGAUAACUGCAGAUUGGAAUAUUUCAAUAAAAAGUAAUAAAAUCCUA